AUGCACAGACAUCUAAUAUUUCACCGAAGGGGCGAUGAUCUUCAUACAAAUAUUUCUAUAUCGAUUGUCGACGCACUCAAUGGCUUUUCAAUGGAAGUUUCUCAUUUAGACGGACACAAGGUGAAGAUACGGCGUGAUGUAGUCACGUGGCCUGGUGCGAUUUUAACUGUCCCCGGAGAAGGGAUGCCAAAUUACGAAAAUAACAAAGUCCAUGGACGCCUUGUGAUUGUAUUUGACGUUGACUUUCCCAAAAAUUAUGUCUUUACUGAGGAACAGAAGAGCAAAGUUAGGGACAUAUUUUCAGAUGCAAAGGGUUAUUUUAAAGACGGAGCCAAAGUAUAUAAUGGCAUCGAUGCUGUUCCUAGCUCUCAAGGUCGGACAGUUGUUAUCUUGUGA